ACAUCUACCACAACACCUUACAUAGGAACACCUACCACAACACCGUACAUAGAAACACCUAGCACAACAGCUCAUGUAGAAACGCCUACAACACCUUUUGUAGAAACAUCUACCACAACACCUUACAUAGGAACACCUACCACAACACCGUACAUACAAACACCUAGCACAACAGCUCAUGUAGAAAUUUCUACAACACCUUUUGUAGAAACAUCUACAACAACACCUUACAUAGAAACACCUACCACAACACCGUACAUGGAAACAUCUAGCACAACAGCUCAUGUAGAAACGCCUACAACACCUUUUGUAGAAACAUCUACCACAACACCUUACAUAGGAACACCUACCGCAACACCUUACAUAGGAACACCUACCGCGACAUCUUACGAAAAAACAUCCACUACAACCUCUCAUGUAGAAACAUCUACCACAACACCUUACAUAGGAACACCUACCGCAACACCUUACAUAGGAACACCUACCGCAACAUCUUACGAAAAAACAUCCACUACAACCUCUCAUGUAGAAACGUCCACCACAAGGCCUGGCAGAACAACAAUAUGUUCUUGCACAUACAUGAGUCAGACUUUCCCUCCAGGAAGUUUUAUGUACAAUCAGACUGACGGAAAAGGCUGGUGUUUCACUGCAUAUUGCAAUCUGGCAUGCAAUGUUGAAAAGAAUAGCGGGCCAUGUAGCACUACAACUCCACGAUCUACUCCACCAUCUACUCCAUCUACCACAACCACCACUGGCUCAAAAACUCCCGUUCCAUCUUCUCCUGACUGCACAUUCCUUACACCACCUAGAAAGAAUGGUGAAACGUGGAGUUCAAGCGAUUGCACAACUGAAACAUGCGUAAAAGGCAAAGUAAUCAUAACGUAUGUCCAAUGUCCACAAGCACCUGUGCCAAACUGUAUGAAUGGAUACACACCAGUAAAGAUUUAUGACGCAAAAGGUUGCUGUUUUCAAUACCAGUGCAGAUGUGUUUGUGCAGGCUGGGGAGAUCCUCAUUAUAUCACAUUUGAUGGCCAGUAUUAUAGUUUCCAGAAGAACUGCACAUAUGUCUUGAUCAAGGAAAUAGUACCUCGAUACAAUUUUACAGUUUAUAUUGACAAUGAAAACUGUAACCCUUCUGGAACUGUUACCUGUCCCAAAUCCUUAAUUGUGCAUUACAAAAACUACGAAAUCAUUCUCACACAAAGAAGACAGCCAACAACUGUGAAUAUGGCAUUUGUCAAUGGGAAACAAGUGACUCCAACCUACAUUAAUGCAGAUUUCAACAUCACAAGUGCAGCAAUUCAGCUGGUUUUGCAAAUCUCCAAAAUUAACGCCGUUGUAACAUUCAAAGGGCUUUUAUUCAGCGUUGAACUGCCAUUUUCACUUUUCCAGGGUAACACAGAGGGACAGUGUGGUGUUUGUGAUAAUGACAUCAACAACGACUGCAGAUUACCAGAUGGCAGAAUUCAUCCAUCAUGCGCUGACAUGGCAAAUGAGUGGCGUGUAUAUGAUAAGAAUAAACCAUAUUGUAACAAUCCAACUCCAACUAUUCGACCACCUAAGCCGCCAACAACUCCAGUGCAAACGCCAUGCAGACCUGCUAUCUGUGACAUCAUAGUGAGCAAUGUGUUUGGGGAAUGCCACAAAACAAUCCCACCUCUGCCAUAUUAUGAAGCCUGUAAGUUUGAUGUUUGCCACGUGCAAAAUACCAGUGUGGGUUGUUCCAGUUUGGAGGUUUACGCCUUGUUGUGUAAUGCCGCAUCUGUCUGCGUAUCCUGGCGAGACGCUACAAAAGGACAGUGUGAAUAUAAAUGUCCCAAAAGUAAGGUCUACAAUCCCUGUGGUCCAACUGCUGAAAGAACCUGCAAUGCAAGAUACAAUGAAAGAAUUGACAACCAGUGCAAAUCUGAUGAUAAAUCUUGCCAACAAUUCGUGGAGGGAUGUUUCUGUCCAGCCGGAAUGAUUCUGUUCAAUUCAACCUCGGACGUCUGUGUCUCUGCCUGUUGCAGUGGACCUGGUGGCAAACCUCAACAGAUUGGUGAUACUUGGCAAAGUGAUUGUCAGCAAUGUGUUUGUGAUAAAAACUCUCUGAGUACUGUUUGCGAGCCCAUCAAAUGCCCCACACCUGAACCAGUAAAGUGCACCGAAGAAGGUGAGGUGUUGGUGAGCCAAACCGUUGACUGCUGCCAGAAGUUCACAUGUGAGUGCGACACGAGCCGCUGUUCCUCAUCAAGUCUGAAGUGUGAACCGGGCUUUAUGCUGAAAGUCACUGUCUCAAAUGAAAACUGCUGCCCCAUCUUAAGCUGCGAGCCCAAAGGCGUGUGUGUCUACAAUUCUAAUGAGUACCAGCCAGGUGCAGAGUUCUCUAAAGGCCCAUGUGAGCAAUGCCUCUGCACCCAGCAACAGGAUCACAGCAGCAAGUUGAACAACAUAGAGUGCCACCAAAUACAAUGUAACGUCUUGUGUAAUGAGGGCUUUGUGUAUACGGAUCAGCCUGGACAAUGCUGUGGUACAUGUGUACAGACAAGCUGUGUUUUUGACGUUCCAGGCAUUUCUACUCCAAUAGUUCUUCAGCCUUCACACUCAUAUUCGCCACCAAAUGACAACUGUGCCAAGUACGACUGCCAGAAAGUGAGAGAUGAAUUCAUGGUUUUAAAAAAACAAACAACAUGUCCAGUAUUUGAUCCACAAAACUGUGUUCCGGGAACUGAGAAAAGUGACAUGAAUGGAUGUUGCCAAACCUGUACUCCUCUUUACAACUGUCAGCUGAACAGGACCACCACCUAUCUGAAAGUAAAUAAAUGCACGUCCGUUGUGCCCGUGGAGCUCACUGCUUGUGAGGGAUCCUGUGGAGCAUCCUGGUCAAAGUACUCAGCAGAGUCUAACAGCAUGAUGCAUUCAUGUUCCUGCUGUCAAGAAAUAACCACCAGCAAGAAGGAGGUGGAGAUGAAGUGCCCUGAUGGCAGAAAAACUAAAUCCACCUACGUUUCCAUUGACAAGUGUGGCUGCAAAGAGACAGAGUGCGAGGAGCAAGACGAACAUUAAUUUCAAAAGCACACCUGACAAUUUGUGGGGAGAAUGAAUCAAUCUUUCACCAUUUCUGAAUACACAGCUACAUGUAAUUAAUUCAUCCCAAAAAGUGGAAACUUUUAAAAAGCAGACCUGUGCUGGUGUGAUAUCUUACGAAUCAACGGGAUAAUUUGAGCUUGCACCAUCUGUCAUUUCUUUCUUGUCAUUGUUUACGUAAUUAUAAGUUGCUGUAUCUCAUGUUUCAAACUUCUGCCUUCAGCUUUAAUAAAGUUUAAAUUAACU